GCGAGUUUCAGUUUGCCGAUGAAUUGUGCUGUUUGCUCACUCGUUCAUGUGAGUGAAGCCAUUCAGUCAUCGAGUCCAACAGAAAAGAGUACGACAUCUAGCCAGUCAUGGCACACACACAUUACAAUCAGUCGCACCACCCGUUCAACGCACGCAUUCCACCACUGCUCAGUCAGACAGACCUGGCACCACCGUCCCCCUGUCGAUGACGUCACGCUCGAGACCGAAUGGCCGCAGCACACGGCGGACGGCACCAAUCGACUCGGGGAAGCGCUGGGUUAGCGAUGCCGGCGCAUCAGCAGCAAAUCGCUCGGUCGUGUACAGACAGAUGCGGCCAAACCCCACCCACAGAAAGGCGGCGACGGUCUCGUUGGGUCUGAAGCCGCUCACUAUCACACGACACUCGUGACUCGCAUUUCCAUAAGGCAGAUUGACCUGGUCGUAGCGAUAGUCCACGGCGGCGAUGCCCAGAUCCUCUGUGAUGCCCUCGGUCAGCAGACGGCCAUACCGAGGGUCAUCACGGCCGAUAUCUGCAUAGACCACAAUCUUCGCAUCCACCCCAUGCUCGUAGCACCACCUCCAGAGCAGCCCGUUGAACAGGAAUGAUGAGAAUGAGGGGAACAGAAAGUAGUACCAGCGGAUGGCGGGGUCGGUCCGCUUGUAGCCGUUGGUGUAGCGAUGGCCGCUCGGCAGAUCACCUAAUGGCACCACAUGAAACGAGUCAUUGCCGAUCCUAUAGCCCCCAUUGUCGGCUUGCUGCAGCGCCAGGCUGAGCACUCCAUGUGUCAGCAUAUGGCCGAUGACCCUGUAGAUGGCCAUUGCGAUCGGCAGUUGAUGGAAGGCCGUUGCUGUGGGCAGCGAGUUGGCCGACAGCCAAAGGGGCCGCGUCGUGUUGGCGGGGGUCAGUCGAUAGAUGAAGGCCAGUCGAAGAAACCGCCCCAACGACCGCCACUCCUCACCGCUGCCCUGCUCCAGCAGCCAGACGAAUCUCAAGCCGCCCUCCACGUCACCAUCAAUGUCGAAGGCCAAGACGUCCUCCAAGCCGAGACGCCUGAUGGCCCUGUCGAUGUGCUGCUGGACGCCGUUGAGCAGCGUGCUGGUGACGGUCGUCGGGGUGUGGCCCAGCAGCUCCUGUUGCCUGAGGCCUGUGACAGCGACACAGACACGACCAGCUGAUGACAAUUGGCACAUGUAUGUAUUGGUUGUACUUGGAGCCUUCUUCAAUGCAGCAUCGACGCCACGAUUGACGAGCGGCAACAGAUGUUGUCGCUGGCGGAGAUCGACGGGGCGGAGGACGGCCCCGUCGAUGACGAAAUAGAGUCCCGACUCGCGAAGGACAUAGUUGCAGCCUGCACACACAAAAGACACCCAGAAACAGAGAAAGAAAGCAUUCAAGGAGCUCGUCUUCAUUCAUCACCCCACCUCCAGGGACAUGAUCCCAGCAGCCCUUUCCGUCAGUGAAGACAAACUCGAGGAAUGAAAGCAAAACAAGCUGAUCUAUCAGACGAAUGAUGCAUUGUCUCUCCGUGCGAUGUACAGCUUACGGCAUGUGACGGCACGACCGCAUGGAAUACCCCGUCGGCACCAAAUGCAUCACACUGGACGCCGGGAGGUGUUGUCCAGCGGCCGCUGGGCCUCUUGAAGUGGAUGUUUGGUGAAGUCCAGCCGGUGAAGUACAGGAUGUGCAUCUUUGCCACGCCCCGAGACGUCUGGUCGAUGUCAUACAGUAGAUCUGAGGAAAGAAGGGAGUUGCGAAAGAUUCCCAGCAGCUCCUGUUGCUGAGUGCGGGUGACGAUCUGUGAGCGGAGAGCGGCUCGCGUGGCAUUGUCAGUCGACAUGGCCAUGCGGGCCAUCUUGCUGAUGGGCAAAGACAUGUCAAAGAGGUCGGCGGGCUGGAAGAGGGCAUCGCUGGGGGGCUGCGACGAGGGCGCUGCACCAGUGGGCUGCAUCAGUCGUGAUUGUGGGGUCAUGUGCGUGAGAGAUCUGCAGGCACACGAAGACACGAAAGAGCUUCUGUUUUUUGGCAUUUCGAUGCCACCUUUGCUUCUCUGAGUGCCAUCUUACCCUCACUGAAUCCGCUUCCGCUCCGGCUCCUUUCGUAUGAGGCUAAGCUUGCAAU